AUGGACAUCAACGCCUCCUUGGGCAUCAAGGUGAUGCUGGCGUGUGCUCCAAUGCACAUCCCGGCUGCGUUUAGGUCGCGCGCGUCGAGCUCGUCUACAAGUGGAACCCGGCGCGGUGGAGUGGCAUUUUCUCAACCACUUGACUGGACUCAACUAUCAAUCAGCAACAGCAGUGAAUUCAGCAAUUUGCUUGAUCAUAUUGUGAACUACUCUUAUCUUUUUUUCAUCUUCAUCAUGGCUCAUCGUGACGGCGCUUACGACGUUGGCAGCGGCCUCGACUACAAGCAGAAGAAGCCCCAUGACGGCAAGGACCACCGCGGUAUCACCCACACCCACACUGGUCGCAAGGGUGGCCAUGCUGGCUGGGGUGAUGAGAAGGAGAUGAUCGAGGAUGGCGUGCGUCGUUACGAGGCUGAGGAGCACGGCGAUAACACAGAGCGCAUGCCCCAUGUCCACGAUAACCUGUCUCAAGGUGACAAGAACAUCCGCACCGACGGCGUCUUCCGCUCGGAAGAUUUGAACAUGGUGGAGAAGCAAUACAACGAUUAA